AUGAGGAACACCAGCCCAAGAUUGAGAGCAGAUGUUGAGGUGUUAAGACAGGCAUCAGAGAUUUAUACUCCCAAUGUGUUUCAAAUGUUUCAAGAAGAAUACCUCAAAGUUUGGGAUUGUACCAUUGAUAAGAUUAGCAAAACAGAAGUUGAAGUGGUGUACAAAGUGAUAUAUGUUGGUAGAGGUACAGAGCACCAAGUCCGAUUUGAGUUUUCUUCUCAAGGUGUUGAAUGCAGUUGCAGAAAGUUUGACUUUGUGGGAAUAUUAUGUGCUCAUGCUUUGAAAGUUCUUGACAAGAAAAAUAUAAAGCACAUUCCGAAGCAGUACAUAAUGAAGAGAUGGACAAAGGAUGCCAAAGAUGGACAAAUAAGAAGUUCAACUCAAAUUCAAGGAGGGUCUAAGGAACUCAUUGGGAAGCGUUACUUGGAUCUUAACUACAAUUUUCGAGAGAUAUCCACCCUAGCAGCCGAGAAAGACACUAUGGUAAGAAGAAAGCUGGUUAUUCUCGACAAGUUGAGAGUUGUCCUGUGGUGCACAUCCAAAAUGAUAAGGAUGCAAUAG